AUGGAUAAUGGCUACACAAAGUAUAGAAAAUGUUUUUGGUACAAAGUUUGAGCAGUUUGUAUUUUUUUUUUAAUUUAAUGCUAUUUUGAUUAUUUAUUUACAUUUUUGCACUUUUAAUUUUUCUUUUUUUUAAAUUAGGUACUGUCUAUGUCAUAAUAUAUUACUUGAACAGGAUAAAUGUGGUGCUUUCAAAGUGUCCAUAAAUAAUUCUAAUAAAGCUUUAACUGAUUGUUUAAAUGUUUUCGACGAUAUUAAAUUAGAAAUAAACAAGGAAUUGGAAGAUUUACAAAAAGAAAAGUUCAUAGAUCAUUUAGCUGAAAUAAAAGCUAAAACUAAAACAAAAAGAUGGAAGAUAUUUCCUAAAGAAAGCAUGUAUCAUCAUCUGUGGCAUAUGAAUAAGGAAUUAAAUAUUUAUUUAUAUAAUACGCCUUCAACUUUACCAAGCUAUAAAAGUUAUACAGAUUUAACAAGUUGUCUUCUCAACACAGAUAAAACUGGAAAUGAGAUAUAUAACUUUAUUAUAAAAGAAACUAUCAAAAAUAAUAUUGUUACUAAUUAUGAAAGUUCUAUUCCAACCAUUUCUGUACUUCUAGAUCAAUUUAAGAAAAAACAUAAAAAAUUCCAUUAUUUUAGUGUUUUGAAACAUUUAACUUGUAAACACGAAUUUAAUCAAAGAAAAUCAAAAUGUGAAUAUCAAAUUAACAAAAAACAAUUGAAGUUAUUUUUUGAUCUUAUAUUUGCUAAAGUAGUUCCUCUGAACCUAUUUGGAAAGUUAAAAAAUUUGAAGAAAAUAAAAAGAAUUAUGUUCUACCUGUUGGAUAUACCAUGUUACAAAUCACUUAAUUUAAGACCUUUUAUUGAAAAAUUAGAUCUAUCUAAUAUCAAAUGGUUACAAGAUAUUAAAAGUAUAAGUAUGCAAUGGUGCAUUAUAGCAAAAUUCGUAAAAUGGUUUUUUGUUGGAUUUCUUUUAAAAAUAUUGCAUACUUAUUUUCAUAUGACCUCUUCCAAAAGCAAUAAUGAAAGAUUAUAUAUUAUGCGUUCAACUUGGAAUCUUGUACAAAAAAAAUUUAUUAAGAAAAGAAUACGUUCAAAAAUCUUGCAACCUGAUAUUAAAUAUGAUGAAUGGAAGCCACCAAUAGGUAUAUACAUGCUAUUUCCUAAACAGUCUGACGUACGACCUAUAUUUAAACCAGAAAAUAUUAAAUCAAUAUACUAUAUUUCUAAAGAGAAAAAUUGUUUGAAUGUAGUAUUUAAAUUUUUAAAACAAUUACAUAUUACAAAAUAUGGAGUCACUAAUUUUGAACAAAAAUGGAAAUCAAUUGUUCAAUACAAACGUAAUGAAGCAACUAAUUUAUAUUUUGUAUGUUGUGAUGUAGCAAAUGCUUUUGGUUCUAUAAUACAAGAGAAACUGUAUAACAUUAUACAGUUACUUUGUAAAGAUCUCCCAGAAAAUUUGAUGUUGAAGUAUUACGCAGUUAAAAGUAAACAGUCUAAGGAAGUAUGUUAUAAGCAAUAUUUCUCUGACCCAAGUUUGCUAUUACCUUUAGCACCAAAUGUAUUAUAUUCAGAUACAUGUAAAAAGUGGCAACAAAUAAGAAAAACCUGGUUACUGGAACAAAUUUCAAAACUUAUUUUUUAUCAAAGAGUAAAAAUAAAUAAAAAGGUUUAUGUGAUAACAAAAGGAGUUGUACAAGGUUCACCAGUAUCACCUAUUUUAUCAGAUAUAUAUUAUAAUUUUAUUUUACAUAAAGAAAUGUCAGCAUAUUUAAAAGCCGGAGAAAUUAUAAAAUAUAUGGAUGAUAUUUUAUACAUUACUAAAAAUGAAAUGUUUGCAAAGCAAUUUUUACAAUCAACAAGAAAAGGUAUCCCGCAAUAUAAUUGUUACUUUAAAGUAUCAAAAACUCAGAGUAAUAUGACUUGUGAUGGAUCUGUAGCUGUGAACAAUAUUAUUUACAUUGGCUAUAAGAUUAACUGUAUCACUUUGGAAGUAGAAUAUAAACGUUCACAAAAAUAUUUAUAUUAUUCGAUGAAAUUGAUAAAAAAAAAUAAUCUACCUCCUCUAAUAAUUUUAAGGAAGCAAUUAAGUAAUAUAGCAUGUUUGAGAUUAUCUAAAUUUAUUUUAGAUAGAACAAUUAAUUCUAAAAUGACCAUAAUAAAAAAAAUAAGAAAAAUAUGUUUACUACAAGCAAAACGUGCUUGCACUUUGAUAAAAGAAUUAUUUGAUAGUAAUUUAAGAAGUGUUAGAGAUACACUUUUAGUUGUUCAAGAAACUAAUGAAAGAGUUGCGAGACAUAUUAUAAAAAUAUGUCUAAUAGGUAAAAAAAGAAUAAUAAAUAAAUUAAGUUUCCACAGAUGGAACUGCAAAAUUUUGCACAUAUUAUGGAUGUCUUAUGUAACAGUUUUUAUGAAGGAUAAAAUUUUACAACCAAAAUUUAUCAGAUACUUUUCAAAAUGCAAGUAAAAAACAAAUAAACAGUAGUUUUACAACGUUUGUAUAAGUUAUAUUCUAUAUUUCUAUCUUUAUAAGUUGAACAAUUAUUUAAUUUGAAAUAUUUGUU